UAUGUACUCCUUUGUUUAGUAACCGACCGCGAGAGAGAGAGAGACAGAGAGGAGUCUAUAUUCGCGCCUCGCUCUCUUUAUUUCUCCGCCAACGACACCACCGCAUCUUUCUCUCCGUUCUGCAUUUUCCAUUCUCUUCCGAUGCCGCUACUCUCCAAUUCCUCGCCCUGCUGCACCGCCGCCGCAGUGGUUAACUCCUCGGACCGGAAGCCCAGAUUCGUCUCUCCUUCAUGGAGGAACUGCAAGGUCACAUCUCCAAUUCUUCGCCUCUCUCAGAAUGACAAAUUCAAUGUGUCUCGGUUAGCUCUUAGCCACUCUAGGCGGACCAUAUCAAUGGCAUUGGUGGGAGAAACUGUUGGAGUUGGACAGAAGGGGCAGGUGGCCAGCUCCUCUGGCAUCUUGGCAUAUGAUUUGAUUCAGGGGGCACUUGUAAGGUGGAGUUCUGUUAUGGACAGAUCUUUACCUGAGCCACCAACGGCUGUUUUUCUGCAUGGGAUCCUAGGUUGCAGGAAAAACUGGGGAACUUUUGCUAGGAGAUUGGCUCAAGAGUUUCCUACAUGGCAGUUUCUUUUAGUAGACCUGCGAUGUCAUGGCGAUUCAGCAUCAAUCAAGAAGAGAGAUCCCCAUACUGUUGCAUCUGCUGCUAUGGAUGUUUUGAAACUGGUUCGAGAGCUAAGAAUAACACCUCGUGUGUUAGUUGGUCAUAGUUUUGGGGGGAAAGUUGUUUUGAGCAUGGUGGACCAAGCUGCAAAGCCACUUGCUCGGCCAGUGAGAGCUUGGGUUCUGGAUGCAACCCCUGGAAAAGUUCGAGCAGGUGGAGAUGGAGAAGAUCAUCCAGCAGAACUCAUAUCCUUUCUAAGUACACUGCCAAAUGAGGUUCCUUCAAAAUGGGAUGUUCUCAGAGCUCUUAUUCAACAAGGAUUUUCCAAUGAUGUGGCACAGUGGGUUGUGACUAACCUGCGACCUUCCAGCUCUCCUGGUUCACAAUCAUCAAGCUUCUCAUGGGUGUUUGACCUAAGGGGGAUUGCAGAAAUGUAUCAAUCCUAUGAAGAAACAAAUUUGUGGAAAAUUGUUGAAGAUGUACCUCGUGGGGUGCAUGUGAACUUUUUGAAAGCAGAAAGAAGCUUACAUAGAUGGGCUCUUGAAGAUCUUCAGCGGAUCCAUGCAGCUGAAGAGCUUGCUGUUGAGGAAGGAGGUGGAGUUGAAAUGCAUGUCCUUGAAGAUGCUGGCCACUGGGUGCAUACUGAUAACCCGGAUGGACUCUUCAGGAUACUGUCAUCAUCUUUCCAAUUCCAGGGAGGCAAGAUCUGAGUUUACAAAUGUGCUCUCUUGUAAUUUCGAUUUAUACGGGGAUGGGAUUGGCUUCACAGUUUGAUGCCAUUCCUUCUUCCCAUUUUUUGUCUAGUUAUCCCUUUCGUAUAUGCUAUUAUUUUUUUUAAUCUUCUUGUACAACACCCUUUUAUAUAUAUAUAAAUGUGAUUCUUACUCUAAGACCUAACAAUAAUAUUUAAUGUCCAUAAUUCAUGGAAGUAUGGGACUUGCAUUCAAGAAAAA